GAAAUCUUAUAUAUCAACCCACUGGCCACUUGUCAGCUGUACCCUAUAAAUAACCUCUCAUAGUCUUAUACCACUGCAGGCCAAUAGAGCUGAAAACUGAUGCAAAAUGACUUCUGAUCUUCUCACUCUAUCCGUUAGUACUCUUUAUCUCAUCCUCUUCUCCACUUCAUUCCCCACCAGUUUUGGAGUGUUCUCGCAGCAAUCCCCCAUAACCAUGUAUACAAAACGCAUGGAGAAAAUGACCCACUUGCACUUCUAUUUCCAUGACAUCUUAGACGGCAAGAACCCGACUGCAGUUAGGAUUAUCACGCCACCAAACAGGUCAGUUGGUGGCUUUGGUGCUACUUACAUGAUAGAUGACCCAUUGACUGAAGGGCCAGAACCAGGUUCAAAGCUUGUGGGAAGAGCUCAGGGCAUAUAUGCUUUGGCUUCUCAACAUGACAUUGGGUUGCUUAUGGUGAUAAAUUUAUCCUUUUUAGAAGGUAUUUACAAUGGGAGUGCCCUUAGCAUUCUUGGGCGGAAUCCUGUUCUUGAUACGGUCAGAGAAAUGCCAAUCGUAGGAGGCAGUGGCGUUUUCCGAUUUGCUCGGGGCUACGCUUUGGCAAAGACAGUAAGUUUCGGUCCAAAAUCUGGGGAUGCUGUUGUUGAAUAUAAUGUAUCCGUCUUGCAUUUCUGAAAAUUCCAGUUAGCGUGAAGCAUUUAUUGGAGUUCCCGUUCUUGUUCUGUUCUUCCGAGUCGUGCCCAUCCCAGAGGCGUUUUUUCAAUCAUCGGAUUACUGUAAUUUCUCCAAGUCUAGAGAGAGCUAAAUCAAGCAGCAGAUGGUUUAAGUACGUA